AGAGUCUGGUUGCCGAGACUAACUUGAGGAAAACGGAAAAAGAUUAUCAAUCAUCUCUCUUCUUUUAAAAGGAAAUAUAUCAAUGAUUUGAGGAAUUAAUACUAGCUUAGAUGCCGUGAGUCGAGAAGAGCCCCUCACCAACAUGUUUUUCAUCAUCAUCCUGUCUGUGUUCUUUGGUGGGGUGUUGAUGCUGGCCAUACAGGCUCUGUGGCUCUACUGGUACAUCAAACGCCGACCAAAGGAGGAUGUGCCGAGGAAGCACCUCUACGACAGGGUCAAGCAAGUAGGGGAGUUGAAGGACCCAUCCUCGAUCCUGUUCAAGAAGGAGAGUUGUAAUGCAGCCAAUGCCCUGAUAUCGUUCCUAUUCAACGAGCUCAAAGAUACUUUACCCGUUCGUAGGUGGAUUAUAAAGAAGAUGAAUGUCGAAUUUGAGGAACUUUUGAAUGCCAAGACUGCUGGGAAAAUACUGGAACAGAUCACAGUGAGGGACUAUUGCCUUGGGCCCAUUUUUCCAACAUUGACUGGUGUGACGUUGAUGAAGUUUUCUAUUGCAGAGGGGACUGAUAUGCCUGAGACUGUCGAUGUAGCUGUUGACAUAGACUACGGUGGUGGCUUUAGAGUUUCUGUGGAUGUGGACCUGGUAUUUGGAACAUCAGCUUACGUCUCAGUGAUAGUCACCAAACUGAAAGGAAGAGCCAGACUUGAGUUUACACGAAACCCAUAUUCUCAUUGGUCAUUCUCAUUCUAUGAGGAACCAGAGUUGGAGUUUGACAUUGAGACUCAUUUUGAAGGUCGCACAGUGCAUCAACUUGGAUCCCUCAUCUUAAAUCAGCUUCGUAAAACAAUGCGCAAGAAACACACCCUACCCGCCUACAAGAUUCGCAGUAAACCGUUCUUUCCGAAGCCUGUUCCACCUUCCGACAACGACUUCAGGGUCCACGACUCAAAGAUCACGAUUGGACGUAUGCAGGUCACUGUCAUAGAAUGCAGCCGUCUCCCUAUAAGUAAAGAAACUACAAACUCUGAGCUGUACAUUACUCUAUGUCUUGAUGACCACGCGUGGACACACGAAGACAUAGAACAACGUUUCCAUGGUGAUUCUUUAGAGAUCGAAAUCCCAAAAGGAAACAUCAAGAACGUCGGAGUAACGUUCAGCAGGGGUAUAUACAACAAGGAGGUCAUUGUGGCAACUAUUAGCCCCGAUUCGACGGUCGCCCAGACCCAACUGAGAAAGGGAGAUGUCGUAUUAAGCAUUGACGGAAUAAAAGUCACAUCUGCACGUCAAGCAGCGAAGGUCGUCAAACAAGCAAAGGAAAAGUUUGUCAUCAAAGUUCAGAGGCCGAUAAACCUGAUGGAGAACCUACCAGCCACGUCAGCAGCUUACGAUCAACCUGACCUACGAUCAGUUCCAGACACUACAACGGACAAUGACUACGAGGACUUCAUCAACGUCAACAUCAUGAACGAACUCGGCAUCAAGGAUGACGAUGAAGCUGAUGCGUCGCAGCCAAGUUCUUCGACUGCCAAACGACUUCAAGUCCCGACUCUGGAUUCGCCUGUUGUGCAGCGCAAGAACAAGCAACCAACGACAGCGGACGGUAGGCGCCUAUCGUCCUGUCUGGACUAUGAGACCGUCAAGCAGUUGUCCACACAGCUAGACAACGAAGACAGGCUACGGAACUUGAAGAGGGUCAUCAAAGAGACCAUUCACCCUACACCCAAGGUCGAGAGACCAAAGGAGGACCCUACAUCGGCCAUACCGAUAAUGAAAUCAGAAGCCGUUAAGAUACCUGAUAUAGACCUUGAUGCUAUCAGUGUGUCCAGUCUAACCUCUCAGAUGGAGGAUGUGGACUCGGGUUCUGUUGGCCCUUCGGUGUCCAUUGCUCCUUCAGGAUCUGAAGCUGCUCCUCCAAUGGAUGACAUGCAGGAAACAUGUCUUGUGGCUGCAGAAGCUAAUCCUGAAUGGGACGAGACUUUCACCUUCCAAGUGGGUGAGAAUGAUAACUUCCUGAAUGCAUGUAUCUGGAAUCGUCUUGGUAUGGCCGUUGGGGAGCGUGACAUGUUGAUAGGAUACACCAGUGUUUGUCUCAUGGACGUUGCACUUCAGUGUGUCAGCACUCUAUCAGGGGAACACCUGGAACUGUUCAAGCUGCAGCCGCCAGAACAGAGAGGAGGCGCAACGAGAAUCCCUUCCCAGAUGCAUCUCUUCACCCACCCAGGGUUCGACAGCACCCUAAGCUACGGAGACAUCUCCCUCUUCUUCCAUCAUUCUCCGUUCGAGGAUCCCCCAAAACCCACCAAAGAGGGCGGUGUUGAGCGUCCAGAUUUCUCUCCGUACGACACCAAGGGGAAGCCCAAGGUCAGCGUGGAGGAGAAAGGCAAGCCGGUCGGGGUUAAGAAGAUCACAAGACCAGAAGAGCUGAGUCUCCAUGGCCCAGUUGGGCAGCCUCAUAAAUUGGUAGGCACACAGUUCUCCUCGCCCACACGAUGUGACUUUUGUGGCAAAAAGGUAUGGACAAAGUAUGCCCUGCAGUGCCUUGUUUGUAAACUGAUAUGCCACAAGAAAUGUUCAGAGAAAACGCAGGCCAGCAUCCCGUGUGAUAGGAACAGGGCAGCCCGCCGUACUGACCAAUCCUCCCCCACCAGAGAACUCAGCCAGACUCGGCAGCUGGAGGCAGCCGCCCAGACUCUGGCAGGCGCGGCCGGCCGCAGGGGCACACCCCACCCAUCCCCCAGUCCGUCCCCUGCUCCCUCGCCCCACGAAUCCGAGGAAGAGGAUGAAGAGGAGGAGGACGUCGAGGCGAUGGUGAGGAGACUGAGCAAGCUCAAGAGGCGUCUGAGGCAGUUGAACGUCGCUGAAGGAAACAGAGUGGAUGAUACUGAUGCGAUGGUCAUGACAGCGGUCAGAGAGAUGGGUCGUGAGCUAUUCAUUAAUUCUCCAGUCCAUGAGAGGAAAGAAAAACUAGAGGCAAUGAUUGAGAAGCUCCAGACAGAGAUCGACGAGGAGGCGGACCGCCAGCUCCAGCUCGCCAAGGAAGUCCAGAUGUCCAGGCGCCGCAAGCAGAAGCAGGCGCUGGAGGGCGCCCUCGCUCAGAGCGAGGAACGCAUGCAGACGCUGGCCAACCUCAUGCUGCACUACUGCGCGGGCAUCCAGCAUUGCAACGAGACGCUGUGAAAUGCCGAGGCUGCCCCUGUUCAUCCAUGCAGAGAGUGUCAUGGGUACGUCCAUUGGGGCUUCAUAAACGAGAAUGCAGUCCGCAAAGCCCCUACAAUCUACCGUAAUGAAGCUCGCACAAAAUCAUGAAUCGGCUGAUAUGCUAGGUUGUGAAUAUCUCUGCAUAAAUUGGAGGCUCUCAUCAACAUGGCAUGACCAAGCUUAGCAGCUAAACUCGGCAACAUUCUUUUUUUAAUUCAGUGGGAUGUGAGGCUCUCCCCCCCCCCCCCCCAAGAAAAAAGGACAAGAGACCUUUUUUGAUUCAGGCAUAUCCUAUAUAUCUUCACUGUGACGGAAACUUGAGGUUUGAAUAUAACCUUUGAACAUACAUCUAGGUAUACAUAUUUCUUUCUCUUAAUUGCUAUAGUGUGAAUGUACUGUUCCCUACAUGUACAUCUCCCUGGUCAUCCAUUCUUUGGGUCCUGUGCCAGAAAGACUUGUUAAUAACAAAUGCAUAAGUUCUGUAACAGGUUUACCAUCAGCCAAUUAGGGUGAAGUAUUUCAGUAGCUUUUAACUGUUAUUGCAAAUUUGUUGUUAUAACGAGUUAGAUGAAACAGGGCCCCUAAUCACUAGUAAUGCGCUUACUUGCAAGUAUCCAGCAAGUCCAAAAAAAAGGAGGAAAAGGAUAUGUGUUUGACCACUUUUCAUGUAUGUCAGGAAAUGUACAUGUAUUCUGUUCUGUAUAAUUAUGCUUAUGCCAUGCAUCAGAAGAAGAAAAAAACAGCUAUAGCUUUGGCAAGUAUGGUUUGUUGUUAAGCUCAGUUGGAGUAGGUGAAGAGUGAAAAGUAUUUCUAAAUUUUGAAGAUAUGCCGAGCAUCCCAGAAGGAACAAAAAUGAAACUGAGGAUUAUCAUUUUUUUAAUUGAAGACACUGUUAAAACUGAAUACAGCCUUGUGUGUGUGCUUGUUUUGUGUAUAAUUAUGUACUCACUGUAUAUGUGCUCGGAUAUUAUUCAUGUAUGAACGUGUAUACCGUCAUGAAAAUUUCACUUACAUGUGAAUAUGUACACUAGAAAGUAGAUACAUGUACAUGUAUAUCACACACCUUUGACAUGCAACAGGUGUCAUAUAUUUAAUCAAAUAUUGUAUCUGCCUUCUUGCCUCUGAGCUGCAUUUUACUAAUAGAAGGGCAUUAUGGUCAUAGUUAUUUUGGUAUCUAGUUUAAAUCAAUGACACCUACAGAAAGAUUUAACUCACUUUUUGGCAAUUUUGAGACUUUUAUACAUAAAUAUUUAAUAGCCCCUACACAUAUUCUGAAAACAAUCUCUGUAUUGCCUAUCCAGUGUCUACAUGUAUAAACACAAGUUAAGCCAAUUUAUAGUGCUUUUAUUCAGAGAUCGUUCAAUACUACAACUCAAAUUAUUUUCACCAGAAUAUUAAGAGCAACUCACCAAGUUUUCAUUGGUACUCAGUAGUACUCAUGUAGUACCUCUGACACAACAGAUAAUAUGAAGUUAAAUUUUUCAAAGUUUUGGCAAAUAUGGCUGAUAUAAAACUUUCUUUGUGCUCGCCUCAUGGCAAUUUGAAGCAUAGAAAUUUCAGUGUCAUGGUCGGAACAUAAAGAGGUUCAGAUGUACAUAUUUUUGGGAAUUCACAAAUUACCAACUAUUUUCGAUGUCUGCUGUAUAUAGUAUAUGCAAAUAAAGUUUGUGAUAUUUGAUGAAGGACCCAUUUGAAGUACUUUUAAACAUAAAAUGCAUAGAUUUGUUUCCCACAAAGCGAGUAGGUUUGAAUGUUCUCAUUAUCUUUCAGGAUGUUCCAUGACAUGUAUUUGUAAUUGAUUGCAUAAUUAUUUGCAAUUAUUGGUAGAUCCAACUUUUACUGAAGCAGGUAUUGUCCGCUUGGAGGGCGGAGUAGUGCGGCCAACUGUCGAUUCAUUCUUGCUAUCCCGGGUGUUGCUCCGAACUCAGUUGCAAUCGAAUUACAGCAUGUACUUUCUGUUUGAAGGGCAGACUUGUGGCAAUUUGCUCUUACUCUCUUGAGUGAUUACUAGUAUUCAAUUUCAACUAUUGCGAGUACUUUCCGCUCCAAGAAGGGAAUCAGCAACCAGAAAUGAAUUUGUUCUUGCUAUAGUAGGUAUCGACUAUCGCAAGAAACUUAUGUGCGAUUCAUUGAUCAUUUUCAACAAUAGCAGGUAUUUUCUGUUCAAAGAGCCAACCAGUGAGUCGAGCAAUUGUGACUUGGAAUGUUGCAUGAAACUCAUUUGAUUUUUAACUGAAGGAAAUACUGUCCGAUCCAAGGAGAUUAUCAGCAAUCUCUGUAAAGGUGUAUGAAACUCAUCUGGCAUGACUUAAGGCCACCGCACACCUUAGAUUGGUCCACGAUCCAAUUUUGGAACAAAAUGGCACUUUGCUUAUUUUCUGAAAAUGUGAAUGAGAUUCAAAUUAAUCGUAAGAAUACUAAUAUAGCAGUUUUUAAAGAUUACAAUCCAUUAUUUUGGAGUAAAGACCAAAUUGGUUUCUAAUCGUAGCCAAUCGUAUGAUUGCUAUGACAUAGCACUUACCUGGCAGUCCACAACAUUAAGACUGAUUUUCAAUUUUAUUCUAGUAUUAGGAGAGUAGCAUCGUCACAGAUUUUAACAUAAGUAUUUGUACGAUGAUUUUACAACUUCAAACCGUCAGAUGUUCCACGUAUCAAUAUUCACAUAAAUUUUUACAACGUUUAAUUCAAAAAAUUUAGUCACAGUCAGACCAAUCGUAAGGUGUGAGAUGACAUUUAGCCGAAGGUUAUAACGUGUCACGAUAGUUUUGAAGGUAGACUACCUAAAAUAUCUGAAUUUUAUUCUAGUAAAUGUGUGGCACUACUUCUAAAAGAACAAGAUGUCUAGUCUUGUCUGAACGUUACAAGUGUCACGCAACUUUUAGAUAUAUACAAGAUGUCCAUGAAAUAUACAAGAUUAUAUAUGUGUGAUCUUGAAACUAUUUUUUCUUCUGUUCGUUAUAUUUUGUGAGUACUUCCUUUGAAGCCCAAACCAGUAUUAAUGUUUGAGCAGUACUUCUGUUCUGUUUUGUUUACUUGGAAAACCAGGAACGAUUGGUUUAUAAGGAUCAUAUGGAAGCAUCGUGGUGUUGCGGUUCUGACUCUCGCCUUGUAAUCAGAGGGUCAUGUGUUUGAAUCCCACCAUGGCCUUGCGUCCUUUGGCAAGGCGUCAAUCCACAAUUUGCCACUCUCCACCCAGGUGUUUAAUGGGUACCCGGUAGGAUGCAAAAGCCUAUGUUGUAUGCCUAGCACAUGAACUCUUUUAUGAAUGCUCCCCAGGGAGUGGAGAAGAUGCAUACAUUGUAUGCGGGCAUGCCAGGAUCCGAUGACCGAAGUAAUAAUAUAUCUGUAAAGAGCUUAGAGACGCUGUUCCGAUGUGUAUUAAGCGCUAUGUAAAAGGGGAUUAUUUAUUAUUAUCAUCAGUUUGUAGACAUUUUUUCUGAAUUUACUGUAGAUUAUAUCUUUAAUAUAGGGUUCUUAUGGUCUAUUGGUUGGGAAUCCUGGUUUUCUUUUUUUCUGAGACGCACUGUAUAUCAUUACAAUUCCUUAUCUAAGCAGACUUCUCAUUCAUGCUCAGUUUUCCCUUUUGUUACUAUUGAAUUCUAAUA